GCUCCAGGCCUACCCAGGCUCUGUAAGAGAUUCAAGGACAUCCUGGAAGGGCCGGAGGUGAAGGGGGACAGGACCAUUCAGCAGGACUCAGACAUCGGCACCCAGAGAAGAGGACAGAUCCUGUACUACCACAAACCUAGUGUAUGAGAGGUAAGCAGCCUUCUCCAUCAGAAGUUCCUCUCUCCUCAAAAGCCCAGAGAAGCAAGGGCAACCAACCGACCAAGAACUACUACUGCUGAAACUGGCCUCAGAGGUUCUCUGCUUGGUUGUACCCUGGAACUGGAGCCCCAAAAUGAAGGCCUGGGGUGUCCUCUGGAUUGUGCUUGGAUUGUCGCUGUGGCCAAAGCCAGGGACAGCCUCCUCCUUACCCAUGGUCAUGGACUCCAUCAUCCAGGCUCUUGAGGAACUUGAGCAAAAGGUACUGGUGACUGAGGCCGGCGUCACUGCCUCUGCAUGGAUUCUGUCAGCCAAGAACUACAGCUCCCACAAUUCCCUUCACCAGCACUUGCUGCUGAAGGCACCAAGCCAAAACACUACAGAGCCAGAUACUCACUCGCUCAGUCCGGAGCUACAAGCCCUGAUUUCUGAGGUGGCCCAACAUGAUGUACGGGAUGGGCAGGAGUACGGAGUGGUGCUGGCACCUGAUGGCUCCACUGUAGCCGUGAAGCCCCUGCUGGUUGGGCUGGAGGCCGGCCUACAGGGGCGCAGUGUUGCUAACUUGUCUUCAGAUUGCUUGGAUACUUGCGAUACUGGAGCCAUCUGGCCAGGACUCAAAGAUGCCUUCACAAAUGUCUCUUCUCCAGAUGCUGGAGCCACUUUACCAAAUGACAAAGCCAAGACACCCACCACUGUGGACAGACUCCUGGCAGUCACCUUGGCUGGAGACUUAGGUCUGACCUUCCUCCACAGGUCCCAGACUUGGAGUCCUCCAGGCCUGGGAAUUGAGGGUUGCUGGGACCAGCUUUCUGCCCCCAGGGUCUUCACACUCUUGGACCACAAGGCAUCCAGGCUCACCAUGGCUUUCCUCAAUGGUGCCUUGGAUGGAGCUCUCCUUGGGGCCCACUUGAGCCGGAUCCCUAAGCCCCACCCACCCCUCAGUCGCCUGCUGAGAGAGUACUAUGGAGCUGGGGUGGAUGGAGAUCCAGCGUUCCGCAGCAACUUCCGAAGGCAGAACGGGGUUGCUUUGACUUCAGCCCCUACCCUAGCCCAGCAAGUAUGGGAGGCCCUUGUCCUGCUACAGAAACUGGAGCCGGGACAUCCGCGGUUGCAGAACAUGAGUCAAAAACAGCUGGCUCAGGUAGCCACCUUUGCUACCAAGGAGUUCACUGAGGCUUUCUUGGGAUGCCCAGCCAUUCAUCCCCGUUGCCGCUGGGGAGCGGCGCCCUACCGAGGCCACCCAACGCCACUCCGACUGCCACUUGGACUCUUAUAUGUGCAUCACACAUACGUGCCAGCGCCACCCUGCACCACCUUCCAGAGCUGCGCCGCCGAUAUGCGCUCAAUGCAGCGUUUCCAUCAGAACGUGCGCGGCUGGGCUGACAUCGGCUACAGUUUCGUGGUAGGCUCCGACGGCUAUGUGUACCAGGGCCGUGGCUGGCACUGGGUAGGUGCGCACACGCUCGGCUACAACUCCCGCGGCUUCGGUGUGGCCUUCGUGGGCAACUACACUGGGUCACUGCCCAGCGAAGCUGCGCUGAACACCGUGCGUGACGUGCUACCGAGCUGCGCGAUUCGCGCAGGUCUCUUGCGGCCAGACUACAAGCUAUUCGGUCACCGCCAGCUAGGGAAAACUGACUGCCCGGGGAACGCGCUCUUCAACUUGCUGCGCACCUGGCCUCACUUCACUGUGGUUGAAAACUGAGAACUCCUUUGAGGGACCCUUGAAGACCCAGGAGGCACUGUCUAUCCCCGCUGAUCCUUUGAGCAACCACCGGCCUCCAUUAAAGGGACCACUGAAAGGAGAUCUCUGUGAGGACCAUCUUCCUCAGAGACCAGAAUGAAAGCAAAGUGUAUGUGGCUCAGUGGGAGAGCACAUAGUUGACAAGCAAGAGGCUUUUUGUUUUGUUUUGUUUUUUGAUUUUCAUGACAGGGUUUCUCUGUGUUGCCUUGGCUGUCCUGGAACUCACAGAGAUCUGCCUGCCUCUGCCUCUUCAGUGCUGGGAUUAAAGCCAUUGAACCACUGUCCAUCCGAGGUUCUUGAUCCCUACUCUAGCACCACAGAAUAAAUAAAACUGGCUAUGGGAGCUCAUACUUGUAA